AUGGUCCACGCCCUGAGCGCCCUCGCGGCCAUCGCCGCGCUCGCCUCCACCGCCGUCGCCGCGCCCGCCGUCGUCGAGCCCCGCGUGAGCUGCGCGUCCGGCGUGUACAUGAUUGUCGCGCGCGGCACGGGCGAGGCCGUCGGCGAGGGCAAGCCCGGCCAGGUCGCCGCCCUCGUCGCCGCGCGGGUGCCCGGCUCGGCCAGCGUCGCCGUCGACUACCCGGCCUCGGCGCUGCGCAGGCGCGCCGCCAACGUCAUCUACCCGGCGUCCGUCACCGCCGGCAUCAACGACACCAAGAAGAAGAUCCAGGACUACGUGGCGCAGUGCGGCGCCGGCAGCAAGAUUGCCCUCAUCGGGUACAGCCAGGGCGGCAACGUCAUGACGGACCUGCUGGUCGGCGGCGUCCUCAAGCCUGCGCCUCUGGACGACAAGUACCACAAGAACAUCAUUGCCGUCACCGUCUUUGGCGACCCGACGUUCGCCCCCAACCAGAGCUACGACUACGGCUCCAACGCCCACGGCAGCGGCGGCAUCUUCUCGCGCGAGAACAACGCAGGCGAGCUGGCCAAGCUCAACGCCAUGGCCGGCAAGCUCGCGAGCUACUGCGACGCCGGCGAUGUGGUCUGCGCCGACGGCAGCGACAGCAGCGUGCACGGCGCCGAGGUGGCCACGCACGCCCAGGAGGCGGCCGACUUUAUCGUCGCCCGUGCCCAUUAA